AUAACAUCCCCAUUCCGACCCACCCUUCAAGAUUGCAAGAUGGUUCGUUACUCUUUCGACGAUUCCAAGGUGGCCGAGAAGACUGUCAAGUCUCGCGGUUCCUACCUCCGUGUUCACUUCAAGAACACCAGGGAGACGGCAGCUGCCGUCUCUGGCAUGAAGCUUUCCAAGGCUUUGACUUACCUUGGCGAUGUUUCCGACCACAAGAGGUGCAUUCCUUUCCGCCGAUUCAACGGCGGUGUGGGACGUACUCAGCAGGCAAAGGAGUUCAAGACCUCUCAGGGUCGCUGGCCUGUCAAGUCUAUCAAGUUCUUGACCAACCUUCUCAAGAACGCUGAGGCCAACGCUGAGGCCAAGGGACUGGAGACUGAGGAUCUCGUCAUCCGCAACAUUGUUGUCAACCAAGCGCCCAAGACUCGUCGUCGCACAUACAGAGCACACGGUCGUAUCAACCCAUAUCAAGGACACCCUUGCCACGUUGAGAUUCUCUUGUCCGAGCCACCUGCAGAAGUUCCCAAGGCAGCUCUCGACUCUUCUCUCGCCCCUCGUCUCAACAAGAGACAAUUGGCUCAAAAGAGAAUCGCCAACGCUCGCGUUCUGCCCGCUGCUCCUUCAGCCUAAAAGGUUUGAGAAGACGAGAGCGCACAAACAGUGCUUUCCUUCAUCUCCUGCCAUCAUUGAUCGCACCUCAGCGUCUGUCUCUAGACGUGUACUUCUGGCUCUUGUGUCACUCUACUCCCACAUACGUCGCGCCAAUGCCUCUAUUGACGUCGACUUCUCCCAUGCAAUUCUAUGGCCAUGAGAUUUA